CACCACUCCAGACCCCUCUCUCUCUCUGCAAAACAUCAUCGAGAGAACGGAAAAAGGCAAAAAAGGAAAAAUCUGUUUUCGUAUUUUCACGAUUUUAGUGAUUUUGGGAUCUUCGUGUAAAUCUGGGCGUAGGGUUUUGGCGGGAAAAGCUUGCUUUUCAUAGUCUGUUUUGAUUCGGCCAUGUUUGGAUCGGAUCGCGAGCGGUCGUCAUCAGGUGGAGUGGGUUUUGGUGUGGAGAUCUGUAUCUGGUUCGGAGAUGUUUGAUUGGAACGAGGACGAGCUUGCAGAUAUCAUAUGGGGUGACGCAAAUGAGAGUGAUGACCAUAUUGUUCCCUAUCCCAAGGGGAGUGAAGAGACUCCGCUCUUUGCUUUUGGGGAUUACAGCAAGAAGCAAAACAAUCAAGAAACCAGCACUACUAUAAAACCUGCAGAGCAGAAAACAUCAGGAGCUAAAAAUGAUUUCCUUGGAAAUAAACUGGAGGCCAGUCCCUGUUUUGAUACAAAUGAGGAACUUUCAGCUCCAAGACUUGACAUGGAUCCAUGGCCUGCUUUGCCUUUGUCGAGCUCUGCAGAGCGUAAACAAAGUGCUGAUAUGAAUGGUCGGGAUUCCAUAGGCGCUGAAGUUUCUGAUGAUUUUCCUGUGGUGACGGAUUUAGAUUCGGUGUCAGGUCGACUACCUCCAGAUCCUCCAUUGUUUGGAAAUGAUUAUGAAGAUAAAGAGGGUGGCAGCUUUCUUGACUAUGGUUGGGCUAACAUUGGAAACUUUGAUGAUCUUGAUAGAAUCUUUAGAAAUGACUCCAUGCUUGGGCAUGAAAUGAUUGGCAACACAGAUGAGCUGUGGUCAUCUUCGACCAAUGCGAUCACGAGCCCAGCUCAAUCUUUUCCCUUUGCUGCAAGCUGUCCAAGUUCAGAUAGGUUAAGGGCUACGUCAGAGAAGUAUGAGGUCAAAUUGGAACUUCAGCCCUACCAAAACCAGUCUCUUGGCCAAGAAUGCAACAUAAAGAAUGAUGCCAAUGUACUACAAAUUAAAGAUGAGGCUGCUGGAUUGACAAGUAAACCUUCACUGGAAGAGAAGACAGAAGAUAGCACUGAGACAACUGCAGAAACAACAGCAUCUCAAUCCCAAGUUGUGAGUGAAAGUAGUGGGAUCCGCAACCACUUUGCUGACAAGGUGAAUAGGCAGAGAAAGAUAUUGAAGUGUCGAAAAAAAGUAGAAGAAAAGGGCAAAGCAAAAUCGACGCAGAAUAUGUGUGGUGUCUGGCCUCCUAGUACAAACCAGAUUCAACAAUUUGGAAACCCGAAAUUGCAUGCCUCCGCAGCAUCUACUCUGCAAACUUUUCCAUCUUCAGUCCUUGGUCCACAAAGGCACCUUGGAGGGCCUGAGUCUUUGAGAUAUGUACACAACUCCAGUCCAUUUAUGCACACAACAUAUGGAUAUCCUACACAUCACUUUCCUGUCAUGCCAAUGCUACCACAAAGUCGUCCCGAGAGGGACCAGAGCCAAAUGGUUGUUGCUGAUUAUAAAGUUUCUACAGAUUCACCAAGGCUUGCGUCUCAGCAGCAGAAGUUACCGGAUGUUUCCUCAAGGCCUUUGUCUAUGACACCUCAGGAAAAGAUAGAAAAAUUACGACGGCGUCAACAAAUGCAGGCACUGCUUGCCAUUCAGCACCAACAACAGCAAUUUGGACAGCAGAUCAGUUCUUCCGAUCAUUCUGUUGGUCAAAAGUGCUCUCAAGAGAAUCAAGGUCAAGAUGCUAUUGCAGGUGAUAUUAAAGUUGAAGAAAAAUCGUUAGAGAUGAAUUUUCCAAUGGAACAAGAUGACUCCACUAAGAUAUCAAUGUUGGCCAAUGAACAAUCGCUAGAGGAAACCAUAUUUGAUCAGCUUCAAGAUGCCAUAGGAAAGUUGGAUAUUAGAAUGAGACUGUGUGUCCGAGAUAGUUUGUUUCGUUUAGCUAGAAGUGCGAUGCAAAGGAAUAACAUUAGCGAUACAAGCAGUACCAACAAAUGUAGCAGAGAUGAAAAUGAAGUUCUUGCAAAUGAAGAAACCAACAGUCAUGACAGGUCUGCACAGCUGCCGGAUGUGGAAACAGAUACCAACCGCAUAGACCGGACUGUGGCUCAUUUGCUCUUUCACAGGCCAUCAGAACCUGGUGCAAGGCCCGUCAAAGAUGAAAUCCCUGAAUCGCCCAAUUCCAGUAAUCCCGAAAGCUUCCCAGUCCAACCCAAAGCAGAAGACUGGGCGAAGCUGCCUGCAGUAUGUGUAUCUGAUAGCUUGACUGAUAAACAAAGCCACUCUUACUAUGAAUCUCAAACGCCAACACCUCAUAUUCCUGCGGAUGCCCAAAAUGAAAAUCCGCUCCCAAACAAUCUUUGAAAACUUGAGGGUAUGAAUUUCCGUGCCUCACUGUGAAUAAAGAACAUUUCAUGGGUUCCUUUUCUCUGAACCCAGCCAAGGCUUCUUGCAAAAGUAAGACUGUUGAUCCUACUCACAGGUGCCAACGUCGCAUCAUGUGCAAGAUCUGGUCUAUUCAUCAGGUGGGCCCCACCGUGUAUCUAUUGUGGCCCAAAAUCGCAGGUCCGAUCAUCAUCUGGGUGCAUGUCUAAGUUGACUUUUGGACCUUAACAGUCAUUUUCUUCUAACCAUCCAACUCUGCAUGUGUGGACCUGGCGACCGGACCAACCCAAUUUUCAGGCCACUUACACAUACAUGGUGUGGCCACCUGAUAAACAACCCGGAUCCUACGCACAAAUGUGCCAACAUUAUGAGAGGGGCAAUCGAGUCCUACCCUUGCAUUUCUCUUUCUUUGCGUUUUUUCCAUUUAUGUAUAUGGCUGUACAGAUUUACUGUUAAUGAGCUGGUUUUCCUUCUAGCUGUCAGCAAACUGGAUCUUGAUGGAUGUUUGGAGGUUCUAGCAUCGCGCCUAGAAAAUGAAUAGCUAAGUUUCCGAGAUGGAAGUGAUAACAGCUUCCGCCUGAUGGGUGUAUGUUCAUGUAUUUUGUAUGAAUCUGCUACUGUUAAAAAUCUGUCCGAUUUGCCAUGCAAAUCACUUGACUGGAUUUUCUAGAUGUUACGAAUUUGGUUCUUGUAGCGCCCCUCCCUGUGUGUGUGGACAUGAAAUAAAGGAGGAUUGUAUUCGCUGUUUGGA